UUUGCCUUACUUCACACAUUCUGAGAGCUAAACCCAUUUCCUUCUCUCAGCAGGUUGACAUUUACUAUGGUUUUGGAAAACACUGUAUUUGGAUUUGACACUGUGAAUCAUUCAUAAUCAUAAUCUGUGUGCAUAAACCUUCAGAUUCACUUUGAAAACUGACAUAAGAUGCAUAUACGCAUUCUUAACAUGACAAUGCUGUUUUUAUAUAAUUUGUUACUAUAACGCUACAACAUGGUAUUUAAUAGAUUUCAAUAAUUACAGUAAAUGAGUCACAGACAUGCACUUGCAAUGCUAACUUCUUAUUACAAUUCUUUGGUUCAUGUUAUGAAUAUUUAUAUGCAUGCAUGUCGCUUUUCAAAGAGAUCCUGAAUGUAGCCUUUAUGAAUGAACCCUAUAGUGUCCAAUUGAAAUAAAUCAGUACCAACACUAGGCAUGUUUCACCAUCGCAACUGCUUAUCAGCCAAGACAUGAUAGCAUAUGGUGGUUUAAAAGUGAGGAUUUUGGUUAUGUUCUAGUGCAGGCAUUUAUUUUUCGAUACGAGAAGCACUGCGCUGGCAUGCAUAUUUUUUAUUUGAAAAGUUCAGGACUUCAACACCAGCAUUCUUAUCUUUCUCAUUUCCAAUUAUAGUCUUUUUAUUCCCACCUGAUGCUGAAUUAACUUGGUGCUUUAUUGUGCUACAAUAUUCCCAGUCUUAACUUCCUUAUAAUCAAUCAAAGGUGGGCUCAGCAGAUGCAAUUAUCUCCCCUGUCCAACACACAUGGUUAGAGCAGCCCCCUUCUGUGGCUGUUAUAUGAAGAGUAGGCUCUCGCAGUUUUUUUUAUUCUGUCAUGAGUCUGUGUCAGUCAACAUCAGUCAACAAACUGAGUCAUACUUUUGACCAUCUAGAAACACCUCAAGACUCGCUUCCAAUAAACUCUUUAAAUAGAAUGAGGAGCUUUAGCAGGCAAAUAAGAAGAUCAACAUGCACCUUGAAAGUCGCACAAUGUGCAAGACUGGUCAUUUUGCAUUCAUCACAGAGCAGUGCUACAUAGCAGGAACAAGAUUCUAAGACUAGCACCAUAGGCUGUGUUUAACGGGAGCGGUAAUUUCCUUCCUCAAUACAAACAAUGGAAUAAUUCAGCAAGUAAUGCAAAAACACUUCUACAGAUUAGCCAGUUAUUUUGCUCUGUUGAAUGCUCCCUUUUUCAGUGGCAACAUCACCGUACUGCUUGCCAUGGACUUCUAUGUGACUAAUACAGUAUAUAGAGCAACUGGAGCCAACAGUUUAAAGGUCAAAACAUCACAUGAUAGUUUGAAAUAAAAGUUUGAGCAGGUACUUAGAACUCCACAGCCAGCAGGAGUUUCAGAUAAAUAGAGGGUGAAUUGAUUAAAACUCAGUUUCAGAGCAACAAGACAAGAAUACUUCUAAACAGUCUGUUAUUCUGGCAGCUUGUUUGCUGUCCUAUGUGUUUUGAAGUGUGUCAUCACAUGCUGUUUUGCAUUCUGCAUGUACUUUUGUAAUCUAGAAAUUAGGUAUGGAAAUUGUAUUCUGUAGGUUUAGCAUAAAAAUGUCUAGCGAUUUCUGGAGGGCAGACUUAAUUUGACAGUAGAACUGAUCUAAACAGUUCCCCUGUCCCAAGUAUUGAGAUCCAUUUUGGUGGAUCUCAAUAGGCUCCGCUAUCCACCAGCAAUAAAGUGAACAAGGGGGUCAAGGGGGUCCCCGAGUGGCUCAUCCAGUUAAAGCACUGCUGCUGGGAGCGCAGGAUGAGUCAUACAGCUUGGACGGCGCUGGUUUGAGUCCGGGCUGUGCAAAGAGGCCGAACUUUGUUGGGGACUCCGAAGGGAGCUUCACAUUGACUCUGACGCUCCCGGGGUAGGGGAUGGGAAACCGGCAGGGAUUGCUUCUCCUCGUUGCGCAACAGCGAACCCUACUGGCCAGACACCGAGCACAUUCAGAGUGGAUAAAAAGAAGGGCUGAUCUCUGUUCUCCGGGAUCGGUAGCCCGCCCACCUCUGCUCUGGAUUGCUCAGUAUAAAAGCGAUUCUGGCUUUAGGCUUGUGAGAUUGGAACGUCUGUGCUGUGUGGGGAUCUGCUGCGGUGAGGAGAAAAACCAUAAUUGUACAUUCCAAAUUGCGGGGAAAAAUACAUAAAAAUAAUAAUUGGUCACUAAAUUAAAAUAAAAAAAUAAAGUGAACAAGACUACAAUAAAUUGAUUUGACCAAUUGUGAUUAUCUGGCUUUUAGCCAGUGGUGACCAAUACGUUACAGUAGCAAUGAAAAACAAAAAUACAUGUCGGCAUUUUCAACUAAGAAAUGACAAAUACGUUCAGGUUUUUAUUUUUAUCUGAGGAAAAGGAAGUCCUGAAAAGCUGCUGUGUAUUUUGUUACCUUAUUGCCUCAUAAAAAUCACCCCAUAAAAGUAACAUUGAACAUGUGAAUGUAUUAAAAUUAAACUACCAUUUUAUUCAGGUAGACAAAUGUGUCCCAUUUUUGUUUUCUGCAAAAACGAAACAUGGUGGCAUAAAAAUGCACAAAUGCCUGACGUUUACUCUGAACUUUUGCAUGCUUUGGCUUUGAUUUUUUUUCAGCUUAUGCUCAAAAGACCCAUUCAAUAUCCUUCAAGAAUUUGUCAAAUAUGGUAAUGUGAUUGUUAGCUAGAAAUUCUUUGAUCUUGGAUAAUGAAGCGCCGAACAACUUUCCCUCUACUCAACCAGUGUACUCCAGAGUGCAGAAUCAGAUCACCGUAGUCUGGGUCAAUUUCCUCCAGAAACCAAACAAACUGUCUGUGAAGCAAUGCAAACUGACAAUUGUACAGCCCAUUCAGCAGAUCCAAGUGGAAAUGUAUCUGCAAAACAAGCAUGAUUCAUGGUCAUGUGGCGCUUCAGGUUACCAGCAUGAGCCAUACUCAAGCUUACUAAAAAGGUUUGUCGUUCAGUUCUAUAACGGAAACUUCCAGCGCCCGCCUUUCACUAAUGUUACGCUUUGGCGCCAGCUUCACCUUCUUUGAAACAGCUGGGAUAUUUUCAUCCAAAUCUGUACGACUUGAAGGCACAGAAGGCUCUCCCCCGUCUUUUGUAACUCGCACCACAAAGCGAUCCAUUGAAACCACCAAACGCAAACUGUACACUACGAACCAAUGAGUUGAGGAAGCUUGUUACUGAGGUAUGGAAGCCAGAGUACAGUUUUUAGUGCCAUCUGCUGUUUGGAAUGAAUUUAAUUUUUCAGUGUAUGUAUUAAUUGUCAGGAAUUAUAUUUAAGUACGCAAUCAUAUUUAAGUACGCAAUCAACCUUGUUGAAACUAUUCUAUGCUUAUGUGUUGAUGCCCCAAGAUCCACCAAAAAUCUCUUGAGAUCUAGGAAUGGCUACCACUUCUCUAUCCUAAUCCUGUAUCAAAAAUGGCUUAUUGAACAGGUUACUUAGAUACCCCAGGCUGUAAAACUCACCAUGGAUUUAAUACAAAAAAGAAAAUAUAUAUUGUUUCAAUCCACAACAACGUUUUUACAUAAACAGAAAAAUAUUACAUUUUGACACCCAGUGAAUACUGGUGCAGUAAAUUACAAGGAGGGUAUGUCUGCUCAUAUUUUUUAAAUACUCCUUCGUAAAAACAGUUUUGUCCUGAUUUGUGCUUUUAACAAAGAAUGAAAGCCAAGAGCAACCCCCCAUCUGUGUUUUUUCCUUUUUUUCUGUUCUACUCAUUUCUGAAUAACUGUCUUGUCCCAUCUUGCCUUGUUACUAACACUACUUAUUUACGUACUAACAGUUGCAGCGUUCAAGAUGCCCGAGUAGAAUCACAGAAUUUCACUUUGUUUACAAGCAGGCUUACCGCCAGCCUCUUCACUGUUUGCUCAACUCUUUGUCCUUCUCUCAUUCCUAUUGGCCUGUUCCCUCACUUUGACCCCCUGGGUCUGCUCUUCUUGUGCACUGCGGGAGAGAGCCCAUUCUUCCAGAAAGGCUGUCCUGAAAAAGGCACCUCCAUGCAUGAAUAGGCUACCCAUACUGGUAUGCGCUCUUACAUUUAUAAUAAGAACUCUAUCAUUGGGUCCCAGGCUGAGCAUUGUGGGAUGAGAACGUAUUACUUCAGUGCAGAUACACAGGAAGAUAUGAAUGGCUGGAUCCGUGCCAUGAACCAAGCGGCACUAAUGCAGACCCAUACGGCAGAAAGAGAAGCAGACAAAAUGGAAAAGCAAGCCGUUCCCCAGACAAACCACGUCAACUCAAACAAGGGCUACACCCAAGCAGAGGUGCCUCCGAAGCAAGAACGGCCCCUGAGACCGGUCGGCGAGACGCUUGGCUUCGAGAAGCGGGAGGAGAUUCGUAAAGAAAGCGAAGAUGAGGAGAGGUACGGCUUUCGGAAGGACACGCUCAAGGACAAAAACAAAAUGAAGUCUCCAGCAACUGUCGUGGAGGUUGACAGUUUGUUUACCGAGCCUGUCGGUUCGUCUCGCGGCCAGCUGGUCCAGAGGAAUGGAACCCUACCCAGUGCAAGGCCAGCGGAGCAGAAUGGAAACCCUGUGUACAAGAGAGGGUUUGUGCCCAGAACGGACACAGAGAAGCAUGUGCAAAGAAAGACCAACUUAUCACAGGUGGAGCAUUGGGUGAAACUGCAGAAAGGAGAAUCCAGAAGUUCCAGCCUUCCAGUAUCCGAACAAACUCUUUCUCGGAGAACUCCUACCAGCCAGCCCCAGCCGAGCACUGAGAACUACCAGACUUUGCCAAAGAACUCCCGGCAGCCAUCUAGCAGCCCCCCUCCGGAGUCUCACAACCUGCCAAGCGAUUACAAAUACGCCCAUGACCGGGUGAGCCACUUCCGCAUGUCCAACGAAGAGCGCAAGGCCCACAAGGAGGGCACUGUGUGGCAGCUCUAUGAGUGGCAGCAAAGACAGCAGUUCAAACACGGCAGCCCCACUGCCCCCAUAUACAUAGGUGCUCCGGACUAUGUCGACUCCAGUGCCCUAAAGGUUUCAUUAGAGGCCCCUCGGUCCAUUUCGGUGCCACCUUCUUCCUCUGACAUCCCCCCACCGGGACCACCACCCAAGGCCUUGUCACCACGGAGACCGCACACUCCUGCAGAGAGGGUCACAGUUAGGCCUGUUGGCGAGAGGCUGACUGCUGACUUCCCUGCAUCUGGUUCACCACGCAGGAUACAAGCUCAUGUUUCAAAGACAGCACAUGUUGACAGACGCUCCAUGCCACCAAUGGGCUACAUGACACACACAGUGAGCGCUCCUAGUUUGCAUGGGAAAACGCCGGAGGAGCUGACCUUGCUUCUUAUUCAGUUAAGGAGACAUCAAGCUAAGAUGGCAAGUGUGCGAAAUGACACUCUUGUCCAUCUGCAGCAGCAUGAUGGGUCAACCAAAUCCACUCUCCAGGCUGAUGAUACUUACAUGCAACUGAAGAAGGACCUGGAGUAUCUAGACUUGAAGAUUAGAAAUAUUGAGCCUUUGAUCAUCAUGGUUCACAAUGUGUUACACAACUCUGCACAAGGCUUACGGCCCUGUUUAAACGUGUCAGGGCGUGAUUCCUUUAAAGACAGAUCUGCAAAACCUGUUAGAAUUGCUGAAAGUGACGUGGAUGUGAAGUUAAGCCGGUUGUGUGAACAAGACAAGACCCUCCAGGACCUGGAAGCGAAGAUAAGGAUACUGAAGGAAGACAAGGAUAAGCUGGAGUCCGUUUUAGACGUGUCCCACAGGCAGAUGGAGCAGUACAAAGAGCAGCCAGCCCAUGCAGAAAAAAUAGCCUGCCAACAAAGACUUCUGCAAGAGGACCUGGUUCAGAUCAGAGCCGAGAUAUCAAGAAUCUCGACGGAAAUGGAAAAUGCCUGGAGUGAAUAUGUGAAGCUGGAAAUGGAUGUUGACCAGCUGAGAGAAGUGCUACAGGAACAAAUGAACAGAACAAUUCUCUCUCAGCAGGAAAAAUCACAAAUGCAGAAGGAUUUGUGGAGGAUUGAGGAUGUGAUGGCAGGCCUCAGUUCCAGUAAAGCCAAUUAUAAAUUUACCAUUGAUUCUGUUCAAAAUCCAGAAAGACAAAUUGUGCCUUCAAUGUCAUCGCUAUCAGUGCCUUCAUUGUCCAUGUGUGUCUCUGAGCGGGAGAGUAGAUCAUACAUGCAGCACAGCUCCCAGCUGAGUCCUUCAGUGGAGACGAGGCUGCAGCCACAGAAGCAGCUCAGACCUCAGCCUCACAUGCUGCAGCUACAGAACCUCCAAACUCAGUCACUCUUUAAACCUGUGCCAAAGCUGGCAGAGGAAGAGGCUCCCCCCAGACCCCCUUUGCCGUACAUCUACAGCCCUGAUGAUCAGCCUCCUGCUGUACCUCCCCUUCCCAAAGAGGCUUCAGUCAUCAGGCACACGUCAGUGCGGGGCCUGAAGCGCCAGUCCGACGAGAGGAAGAAAGACAGAGAAUUCGGGCAGUAUGUGAACGGGGACUAUAAGGUAGAGCUGCGAUCGUACAUGAGCGAACCUGAACUUAUCAACCUAGGAAGUGACCCCAGUCAGUUAAGCAUAGGAGCCUCUGGUCCUGACAGUGGGUACCAGACAUUGCCAAACAGAGGGCUGUCAGGCUCAACUUCAAGACUUAACCAGUCAACAAAUAUUUCUUCUUACGUAACUCUUCGAAGAGGAGUUACUACGUCUGGUUUAAAGGAAAGACCAAAGAGUGCCUUGGAGCGCCUUUACUCUGGAGAUCAGCAAAAGGGCCGGAUGAGUGCGGAAGAACAACUGGAACGAAUGAAGAGGCACCAGAAGGCACUUGUCCGGCAGCGCAAGAGGUCACUGAGCCAAGGAGAGCACCUGUCCAUCUCGUCACGCUCCUCCUCACGACCUCUCUCUGCGGAUGUGGGCUCAUGGAAGCGAGAGCAGGAAUUUGAUUUACAGUUGCUAGAGCGAGCAUUGCAGGGGGAACACAAGGGGAAAGAGAAAUCUGAUGACUGGCUGACAGUUCAUGCCGUGCCAAUGAAAGAGGCAGAUUUGGAGCCUCAAGAUUAUGAUCUGGACAUCAGCAGAGAGUUAUCGAAACCAGACAAAGUUUUAAUUCCAGAGCGAUAUGUGGAAAUGGAUCCAGAAGAACCUCUCAGCCUUCAGGAGAUGGAGGCCCGUCAUCGUAAAGUGGAACGGAUCAAAAGCAUCCUCUCCAAAUCAAGUGUUCAAAACGUGCAGCCAGCAGUUAGUCUGGAUGCACAUGAUUUCACAGACCUGGACUCUGCACUGCAGGAGCAGGAACGUAUUAUCACAAUGUCCUAUGCCCUGGCUUCAGAAGCAUCACAGAAAAGCAAGCUGGUAGCAGCUGAACAGCAGGUGUAUGAACCCAAUGCACCCUCUCCUUCUGUUGCACAGGCACCUUAUCCCCCCCUAAGCAAUGGAUUUCACUACAGAUUUGUCUAAUUUGAAACCAAAGCUACGACUGAACAUUAAGGUGCUGCGGAAAAGCUGAUGUGGACACUAAGAAGAAAGAAGCAGCAUGGAAGAGGAAGAGCUUGUUCAUAUUUAGAUUAGAUUGUGAAAGCUUAGCGUUUGGAGCUAACACUAUUUUAAACUGCACAUUUUUUUAAUGAAAAUGUUAAAAGGGAUUUAUUUUGUAAAAUAACUCAAUCUUUGCAGUGAAUGCUGUUGUUAAUGUUAACUGUGGAAGUGUAACACAAUGCUAAUACUAUACCAGAGUAACCUUUUUAUACAUGCUAUUGCACUUUUAAUACAAACUGUACAGUAAUAAGUUUAAAGAUCAGAACGUAUAUGGUUUUUACAAAAAAAAAAAGUGUUUCACUAUAUGUUUGCAGUGUUGUAUAAAUGCAAGGGAAGGUUUGUUUUUUCAAAUGUAUGUUAUGGUGUUAAAAUGACUGAAAAGGAAAAGUUAAGGACAGUAUACAAGGUCCUGAAUGAUUUUGCUGAUUUGUAUUUUUGUUUAAAGCUUGGAUAAUAUUCUUACACCAAAUCAAUUUCAUUUUUUUUUUUUUUUUUUAUCUAAUCCAGCACUGCCAUUAUAGACUUCAUAAUAAUUUGCCAAAUUGAUUUUAUGUUAUGCUUGGAAUCUCAGCAUAGAAAAAGCACAUUUUAUCUGAAUAUUUUCAGGGGGGGGAGGGGGUGAAUUGUAAAUAUAAAGAAUAUUAACCAGAUGAAGUGAUUUUUUGCCCAGUUAAUUAUUUAUUUUAUUUUUUUUGUGUGUAUUGGAAACUUAAGAGUGAAAUAUUCUUAUACAGUAACCCUUUUUUAAAGUUUAAAGUGUAUGCUGUGUUAAAGCAAACAAUAUAAUUUUUCAGAUGAUUUGGAAUGAAAUUGUUAUAACUUCUACAGCUUUGGCAAUAGGAACUUGUAUGUUACGGAUCUGAUAAAGCUGCUGUACAUGCCCUUUAUAUUAUCACAAAUUAAAGAAGAAACCAAUUACGAAGGACCUUUCUAUACUGGUACCUUGACAUUUUAAAAGCAUUACAUGGAAUUACCUUCAAUUCUUUCAACUUGAUGCUGAUUAGUUGGAAAUGGAUGUCCCGGAAGGAACGCUAAAGAGUUUGACCCUACAUGGAAUGUUAAACGUACCCAAACGGUCUUUGCUUAUAUGUUUUAGAAUGUAAUCCAUUACACAGGUCCAUCCAGAUUUUUUUUUUUUUUUUUUUUAAAGCAUACAAUGUUAUACAAUACACUCAUAUGGUUUAUAUGUCACAGAUUGUUUAAAUUGAUAGUUUAAAAGUGAAUUGAUUUUAGAGAAUUGAUUUAAAUACAAAAGGAGGAUUGAUUUAACAACAAAAACAUUUAUUCUGGCAAAUUGUUCAGGAAAUAUCUCUACCUGGGGCAGGGUUGCAGAAAAGCUACCUCUUGCUGGAUCAUCCCAUAGGUAUUUAAUUACACUACUGUAUAAUUCUGUAUAUUACAAAAUAGCUGUUUUUGAAUGUAGAAGUACUUUAGUCUUCCGGGAAUAAAUAUAAAGCCAAAAUAGUUGUUUGAGGUGGAACAACUAAUGUCUGCACAUAGACUAUCAAGAACUUGUUGAAAUUGGCACAUAUAUUUUACUAAUCAACAUUUAUGUUGGUUAACUGGGUUGUAUAUAUAUAAAAUCUCUAUAUAUAUAUUUUUUUUUUUCUAGACUAGAAAAGCAACCUUUUCUUCAUAGUAGCAGAGUACAAAGGAAAAGUACAAAAUGUACAUACAUCACAGCGCCUGGAAUUCUGUUUGAACAGUGUUAUUGAUUGCUUUGACCUCUUUACAUUUCAUUCUAUUAUUUGAAAAGGGAUUCUAACUUUAGCUGAAUCCAACCAACAGAGGUGAACUUUCAGUGAAAACUUCUUGAGACAUUGCUGUAGUUCAAAGGUUGUGCAUUUUAAAGGGCAUUUUUAAUUGAGUCCAGUACAGUAUUUAGCAAUGUGGUGUGCAGUGCUGAUUUAAUAUUCAUAUUUUACUCUAGAUGCACUCCAUGCACCCACAGUGAUAGGAUUGAGGAGACACAUUAAGAUCAUUUGGCUGAGACAAAAAUAAAGUAUUUUUUUCUUCCCUUUGA